AUGGACGAUAGUGGGACGCUGAUCUAUUUGCAGAUGAACAUGAUACCGUCUCCUGUACGAGGGCGCAUUCUGCUCACAGGAAGGGUCACCACACUCGGAAAUGUCAAGGAUGCUCCAGCACUCGGAUUCCCAAUUAUGAGCGCCACCGAAGCGGAGAACUUUUUGAAGAAACUGAUACCACCUACGCCGGUUUCAGAGCAAGCAGCACACAAGCUGGUCGAGAAGUCGAUUCAGAAGUAUAUGGAACUGUACAAGGAAGAAGACAUGAAGCCUGUGCUGUUGGCAUCUCGCGUAGCGGGCCCCAAUGUACUCCCCAUACUUUCGACCUUCCGAAUGUCUUACCAGAGACUAUCCUCGAAUGCGCAAACGCUGCUCAGAAACCUCGCUUUGAUCGGCCCCGGGGGUGUCAGCGACGAUUUCUUACAACGGCCUGCAAACACGUACCCACUGGAAAGCUCGCUGGAAAGCUAUUUGGUCCAUGACUACCCCGACACCCUCUUACCGCAGGACCUUUCUUCUCUCCUGAGCAGAGCCCAUCGUCGUGAGGUUGCCAUCGAUUCUCUGGUGGAAGUCGCCCUGCUGCAGCGGGUCGAUACCAGACUGAUAAUGCACCCUAUGCAGUUGGAAUGGCUCAAAGCCACGUGUUUGGAGCCGGCUCGGGACAACGUCUCUCUUCUUGUCUUGACCAUGAUUGCGAACUUUUUUGCGAGUAUGACCGAUCGGGAAUUUGUCCUCCGGAGUAGCUAUGUUUAUUACGCCCGGACAUGCGUCGAGAUGCUCUCCGAGUCUUACACCGAGACACCCGAUGAAGUGACACUGGCCAGGUUGUGCUUCUAUCUGGGCCGAGUCUUCUGGCUCGUCCGGGAUGACGUGGCGGCUACUCAUUUGUAUGAACGCGCCCUGGCAGAAAGUCUGGCGUCGUUGCAACAACCCCACAUCUUGACCUUCUGGACUCGAAAGAAUCUUGGAUUGAUUUAUAUGGAGCACGGCUUUUUCGAGAGCGCCUAUAGGCAAUUGAAAGACGCGUCAAGCCUCCUGCCUGGCGACCUAACCGGGUGCUGCAUCCGGAAGACUUUUGAGCUGCAGCAGACGGCCGAGGUCUGCAAGAACAGUCAGUCGCUACUGAGCAAGCUCCAGGAUGUGUGCCAGGUCGAGAAGAUCUAG